AAUAUAGUCAUGUGUGAUCUUGUUUGAUUUGUCUUAACAUAUAGAUUAUUAAUAUAUAAUUUCUAUAAUUUUUUAAUAUACAAAUUACAAGAUAAAAUGGAUUAAAGAAGUGUAUUGGAUGGCAAAAUAUAGAGACGAGAGAGUGAUAACUUGUGAUUUGAAGCCAAUUGAACGCCAUGGACCAAUUGAAACCAAGCUUGCCAAAUUCGUGUCCUCUCACGCCAUUAUCAUUCCUCGAAAGAGCUUCCAUUGUUUACGGCGAAUGCGCUUCCCUCGUCCACAACUCCGCCGUCUACACCUGGUCCGACACCUACACGCGGUGUCGCCGCCUCGCCUCCUCCAUCUCCACCGUCAUUGGUCCCGGGAAGGGCCACGUCGUCUCCGUCGUCGCUCCCAACAUUCCGGCCACCUACGAGCUCCAGUUCGCCGUCCCGAUGGCCGGCGCCGUCCUCAACAACAUCAACACCCGUCUCGACGCCCGGACGAUCUCCGUUCUCCUCUCCCACGCCGAAUCGAAGCUGGUCUUCGUCGAUUUCCAGUUCUACCCCUUGGUUCUCGAGUCAAUUUCGUUACUGCCACUCCCCGGUCAACGCCCGUUAUUGGUCAUAAUCGAAGAUGAACAGAGGGGUUGGGAAGCUAGAAAUGAUAGUUUAGUCUAUGAUACUUACGAAGGGCUGGUCAAAAUCGGGGAUCCGGGUUUCAAUUGGAUCCGACCCGCCGGAGAAUGGGAUCCAAUGACACUUAAUUACACCUCCGGCACCACUUCAUCCCCCAAAGGAGUGGUGCAUUCUCACCGGUCAAUCUUUGUCAUGACCAUUGACUCUUUGAUCGGGUGGUUCGUCCCGGACCGCCCGGUCUACCUUUGGACGUUGCCCAUGUUCCAUUCCAACGGGUGGUGCUACACUUGGGGCAUGGCCGCGGUUGGCGGGACCAACGUGUGCUUACGAAAACUGGACCCCGAUCUCGUAUACUCUUACAUCGAGAAAUACAAUGUAACGCACAUGUGUGGUGCGCCCGUGGUACUUAACAUGUUGGCUAAUUCUCCACGGGCCAAACCGCUCGAGUCCCCCGUUCAGUUCCUCACGGGCGGAGCUCCUCCUCCCGCAACCGUGGUCAUGCGCAUUGAAUCACUCGGAUUCAAUGUGAGCCACGGGUACGGGUUGACCGAGGUUGCCGGGGUGGUGGUGUCUUGCGCGUGGAAACCGAAAUGGAACGGGCUCAGGGCGGAGGAACGGGCGAGACUGAAGGCGAGACAAGGGGUGAGGACGCUGGGGAUGAUGGCGGCGGACGUGGUGGAGGCAGGGUCUGGGAAGAGCGUGAAGCGAGACGGGGCCACGGUGGGGGAGAUUGUCCUCAGGGGACAAUCCAUAAUGUUGGGUUAUCUCAAAAACCCCGAGGCGACGAAGUGGUGCAUGAGAGACGGGUGGCUGUACACAGGUGACGUCGGGGUGAUGCACCCCGACGGCUACCUGGAAAUAAAAGACCGGUCAAAGGACAUCAUCAUCACCGGGGGAGAGAACGUGAGUAGCGUGGAGUUGGAGUCGGUUCUCUACUCGCACCCGGCGGUGUACGAGGCGGCGGCGGUGGCCCGGCCGGACGACUUCUGGGGCGAAACACCGUGCGCUUUCGUAACUCUGAAUCAAAACAUCCACGACAACGACGACGGGCGAAUGAAGAGUAAGCCAAGCGGGAACGAGAUAAUUGAGUUCUGCCGGGAAAGGCUGCCGCAUUAUAUGGUGCCGAAGACGGUGGUUUUCAUGGAGGAGCUACCGAAGACGUCCACCGGAAAAAUUCAGAAAUUUGCACUGAGAGGGAUCGCCAAUAAGAUGGGGACUUUAACCUUGAGUAGAAUGUAAGGGAAUUCUGCUACCUUUCAUUAUGUUUGAUUGUUUGGUUUUUUUACAUUAUUUAUUUUUCAAUUCGUGGUAUAUAUAUAUAAGGUAUACUCAUAUAUACAAAAUUGUGUGUAGUUGUUUGCCCCUCCAUUCAUGCAAAUUGGAGGAAAUUAGACAGUAGACCCUCAUAGGUACACUUUAUAUACAGUGUAUUACUCCGUAUUA